AUGGAUGUGAAGAAUGCCUUUCUUCACACUGAUCUCCAUGAAGAUAUUUACAUGAAGCUUCCCUCUGGUAUGACUACUUCUUCUCCUCAUGAUGUCUUUCUUCUCUUGGUUUAUGUGGAUGAUAUUAUCCUUACUUGCACUGACUGUGGUUUGAUUACUAAGCUUCAGCAGCUGUUACAUGUAACUUUUCAUAUGAAAGAUCUUGGUCAGCUCACAUACUUCUUAGGAUUGGAAGUUCAUCAUCGAGCCCAUGGUAUUUUCGUGAACCAACAUAAGUAUAUUCAAAAUCUUAUCACUUUGAUUGGUUUAGAAGACACUUCUUUUGUUGAUACUCCUAUGGACGUAAAUGUCAAAUAUAGGAAAGAUGAAGGGGACCUUCUGGAUGAUCCUACUCUCUAUCGACGCCUGGUUGGGAGUCUUAUCUACUUGACCACUACUCGACCCGAUAUCUCCGAUGUUGUUCAUCAGGUCAGUCAGUUUAUGUCUUCUCCUCAGCAUCUCCAUCUUACUACAGUUCGCUGCAUCAUCCGCUAUCUUCGAGGUUCACCUACUCGUGGGUUGUUCUUUCCUACUGACUCCUCUCUUCAACUUGUUGCUUAUAGUGAUGCUAAUUGGGCUGGGUGUCCGGAUACACGUCGAUCUACUACAGGUUGGUGUAUAUUUUUAGGUGAUACCUUAAUUUCUUGGAAAUGUAAGAAACAAAAUCAUGUUUCUAAAUCCUCUACUGAGGUCGAGUGUCGGGCCAUGUCUACUACUUGUUCUGAAAUUGUAUGGCUACGCGGUCUUCUUGAGGAGCUUGGGUUUCCUCAGAGUACUUCUACUCCUCUUCAUACUGAUAACACUAGUGCUAUUCAAAUUGCCACCAAUCCCGUUUUUCAUAAACGCACCAAGCACAUUGAGAUUGAUUGUCAUUCUAUUCGAGACACCUUGGAAAGUCGAGUGAUAUCUCUUCCUCACAUCUCUUCUGAUCUCUAA